ACUGCAGACACAGUACAGGGAUGACCAGAGACUGCGGACACAGUACAGGGAUGACCAGAGACUGCGGACAGUACAGGGAUGACCAGAGACUGCAGACACAGUACAGGGAUGACCAGAGACUGCAGACACAGUACAGGGAUGACCAGAGACUGCGGACACAGUACAGGGAUGACCAGAGACUGCGGACAGUACAGGGAUGACCAGAGACUGCGGACAGUACAGGGAUGACCAGAGACUGCGGACACAGUACAGGGAUGACCAGAGACUGCGGACAACAGUACAGGGAUGACCAGAGACUGCGGACACAGUACAGGGAUGACCAGAGACUGCGGACA